AUGUAUGGUGAUCUUGCGAACAAAUUAAUCUUAGAAGCGAAAAGAACACAGCAUCUGAACAAUAGAAAUAAAAAAUGCGCAAAACUGCCUACCUACCAAGAUGAUAUUAUUAAAAAUAUUCUCAAAGAAGUAAAUCAGUUAAAAAGAAAUGCAGAGUAUUUGAAAGAGCAACAACAGUUGGGCAAUAUUGAGAGUGAUGCAGCUAAAUGCCAAUAUUUCGUAAGUUUGUUAUGCAUGGAACGAAACAAGAGAUGUUUAAUGGCUUAUCAAAAAUUAAGAAGUGAUAUGUUGGAUUCUCAAGUAUGGAGUUCUGAUGGGACAGAUGCUAUCACUACUAGCGGGAGUGGAUCAACUGCUGGACAAGAUAUUACCGAUUUAUCAACACAUGAACAAGAAUAUCUGAGAGAAUAUGCACAACUCGUAACUGAAAUGAAGAGUGGUGAAUUAACUGAUAUUGAUCUUACAGGUAGCAUGGUUCCACCAAGUGAUGUUUUUAUUGAUGUUAGAGUUCUUAAAGAUGCUGGUGAAAUUCAAACUGAGUACGGUGUUUUCAAUUUAUUAAAAGAUUCUCAAUUUUUUGUAAGACAGUCAGAUGUUGAAAGAUUGAUCCAACAAGGGUACCUUCAAAAGAUUUAA